AUGGGCUCUGUCACCAAACCUGCUGCAGCAGCAGCAGCAUCGUCUAAAGGAGACUUUUCUCCCCGACCUGAGAAGUGGAGCCAGGGCAGUUUGUUCACCUCCCGCACUGACCCAGCUGCUGCUCAGCAACAGGAGGUCGAGGGUGACUCUCUGGAGCUACUGAGGAAAAUAGUAAACAAGGAAAAUCCCAGGAUGAAAUACACCAAACUGGAAUAUAUUGGCAGUGGGACUUUUGGGGAUGUGUGCAGAGCAGUUGACAAUGCCACUGGAGGAGAGGUGGCCAUAAAGAAAAUAAAUCUAAAAGGACUGAGGAAGAAGAAAUUAAAAGUCAAUGAACUCAUGGUCAUGAAAAUUAAUAGGAAUCCCAACCUGGUCAACUAUUUAGACAGCUACCUUGUGGGUGAUGAACUUUGGCUAGUAAUGGAGUUCAUGGAUGGAGGCACUCUGAGCGACAUCAUCAGCAAGACUUGCCUGUCUGAAGACCAGAUGGCAGCCAUCUUUCAGGAGUGCCUGCGAGGACUGUAUUUUCUUCACUCAAACCAUGUGAUCUACCGAGAUGUGAAGAGCUGCAACAUCCUUCUCAGAACCAAUGGUUCUGUCAAGCUGGCUGACUUUGGCCUCUUUGCUCAGCUCACCCCUGAGCAGAGCAGACGGAGCUCUGUGGCCGGCACUUCUGGGUGGCUGGCGCCUGAAGUGGUGACAGGCCAACCAUAUGGCCCCAAAGUGGACAUAUGGUCUUUGGGAAUCGUGGGCAUCGAAAUGGUGGAACGAGAAGUUCCUUGCAGGAAUGCAGUUCCUGUUUCGGCACAACUCUUGACAGCCAGGGGAGAGAGACCACAGCUGCGGCAGCCCAACAGAUUCUCGUCUUGCCUGCGUGACUUCCUGAGCUGCUGCCUGCAGAUAGAUGUGAAGUGUCGCUGGUCUGCCAAGGAGCUCCUGAAGCAUCCAUUUAUACGUUCAGCCAAGCCACCAUGUAUCCUAGCACCGCUCAUCAACGCAAUCAAAAAGAAGAAGGAGGAGUGGAGAAAAAAAAUGUAAUAAUCAAGGUCUUAUCUCCAUAACCAAUUUAGAGUAGGAUUGUAGAGUAGGACUCUAGGGUAGGAUUGUUGAGUUGUUUUGGUUUAUAGAGUAAGUUUAUAGUUUAGGUUUAUAGAGUAGGAUUGUUAUUAAAUAAAGU